AUGUCCACUGUUCUGAAAACUUGUACUAAAACUGCUACGUUGAAUACAGGAUCCAAAAUUCCACUUUUGGGUCUUGGAACCUGGCGUUCAACCAAGGACAAAGGCUACGCUGCAGUUCGAAAAGCUCUUGACGUUGGAUACCGCCAUGUGGACUCUGCAGCGGUUUGUAUGAACGAGCAAGUUAUAGGCAAAGCAAUAAGAGACUCCGGGAUCCCAAGAAAUGAAAUUUUUGUCAGUGCCAAGUUGUGGAAUACUCAGCAUCGCCAACCUGGUAUAGCACUUGAGCAAUCGCUAGAUAGACUGGGACUUGACUAUGUUGAUUUGUACAUCAUGCAUUGGCCUCUAACGUUCAAGACUGACCGUCUUGGCUCUAAAAACUAUAUGGUAAUUCCGACCAAUGCAGAAAAUAAGCCCGAUGUGGACAAUGACUGGAAUCAUGUCAAAACCUGGGAAUUAAUGCAGUACCUCCCCAAACAGGGCUGCGCCAAAGCAAUAGGGGUUUCCAACUGCUCCAUAGGGCACCUGAAGGAUAUUAUAAAGUCCCCAACAAAUGAGAUCAUUCCAGCCACCAAUCAAAUCGAAUCUCAUCCUUUUCUCCCCCAGGAUGACAUGCUUGCCUUCUGUCGUGAAAACGGAAUAAUAAUGGAGGCGUACUCACCGUUGGGUUCCAACGGUGCUCCUUUCUUAAGAGAGCCAGUCGUGCGAGAAAUUGCUAAACGCUACCAUGUUGACACCGCACAAUUACUCAUCAGCUGGGGCCUGCAAAGAGGAACUGUGGUGCUGCCCAAAUCAACCAGCCCGGAGAGAAUUGCUUCCAACUCACAAACCUUCGAGCUGGCAGAGGAAGACUUCAUUAGACUGCACGAGCUUGCCCAAGAAGGGGGCUCAAAAAGAGUACAUAGCCCACCGUGGUUUUCCUUUCAAUAA